UCUCAUUGUAUAUACUUUCAAUGAAUAGGUUAUUAAUUCAUUUAUCACUAAAAAUUCAAUUAUGAACUGCAUAAUUCCACAAAUAUUCUAAACUUUGCAUUAUCAUAUAAAAAAUUUUAAAUAUCAAGGUUAAGGCAACUGACUUUAUCGAGAUCGAUCGUUUUAACGAGAGAUUGUUGAAACGAUACGAGACGAAACGAUAAAAGUAUAACAAUUGAACGAGUGUGUGGAUCGUUUAGGUUAUUUAUCGUAAUUUCUCGCUCGAAUGCAACUCUAGAUCAAAUGCUGGCAGCUUUGAAAGAUGUCGAAAAUGGGAUGACCUUAAGCGCUGCCAGUAAACUUUAUAAUGUACCUCGAACCACAUUAUGGGACAAAUAUCAUGGACGGUCUCCUGUCGAACGAAAGAUGGGACCUGAAUGCGUUCUAUCGAAAGAAGAGGAAACAUUGCUUGUUCAGUGGAUGUUUGAUGUUGGAAAAUGUGGAUUUCCUGUUACAAAAGAGCAGCUUUUAGAUAGCGUACAACUGCUCGUGAAGGAGCUUAAAAAAUCUACUUGUUUCACAAAUGGUAGACCUGGCAGAGCAUGGUAUGAUGCUUUUCGAAAACGACACCCAGAAAUAUCUCAGAGAGUUUCUCAAAAUUUAACGAAAAAUCGAGCUUCAUUGACGGAAAAUAAAAUUCGUGGAUGGUUUAAAGAAAUAACUGAAUAUUUCGAGGAAAAUCUUUUGUCUUCCUUACUUGCUGAUGGCAGUAGGAUUUUCAACUGCGAUGAAACUGCUUUUUUUCUUUGUCCUAAAGGAAAUCAUGUCUUAGUUAAAAAGGGCGACAAAGCAGUUUAUAAUUUUGUUAAUAGCGAUGAAAAGGAAUGUAUAACCACUUUAAUAAAUGGUAAUGCAUCUGGACAACUUGUACCUCCAAUGGUCAUAUUUUCGUACAAGCGAGUUCCUGCGGAUAUAGCGGCUUCGAUUCCUAAAACCUGGGCAUUGGGUACAUCAAGCAACGGUUGGAUGACAGGAGAAACAUUCUUCGAGUACAUAGCCAACAUAUUCCAUCCAUGGAUAUUAAAAGAAAAAAUUCCGCUGCCUGUUAUUUUGUAUUUGAUGGACACUCUUCUCACAUAACGAUGGCUACAAGUCAAUUCUGUCAAGAACAUCAAAUCAUUCUCAUCGCACUUAACCCGAAUUCAACUCACGUUCUUCAGCCACUGGACGUUUCGUUUUUUGGGCCACUGAAAAAAGAAUGGAGAAAAAUUAUAACA